AUGUCAUUAAAAUCGGUCGUGCUGGGCGAUGAUCGAGAAGCAUCCAUUAAACAUCAGAUUGUGUCAGUUCAUAAAGCAUUGAACAAAAAUGAAGUACCAUUAAAGCAUAAGCACGCACGGCAAGUAAUUGUUGGAACACAUAAAGAGAAAUCUUGUGCAUUAUUUUGGAGCUGUAUUUCACGCAUUCAGUUGGAAAAAAACCCAGUCAUUAGUUGGAAAUUUUGUCAUUUGCUUCACAAGCUAAUUCAAGAUGGUCAUCGUAAAGUGCUAGAAGAAUCAGUUCGAUAUAAAGCCCGUAUCGAAGCGCUAGGAAAUUUCUGGUAUCACCUUGAGAAUUCCGAUUACGGUCGACCUAAUUCUUCUUAUUGUAAAAUGCUCGUCAGCCGUCUCGAGUUUCACAACCGAAAUCACUCGAUACCGGGGAAUCUAAGAUUGAGCCCCAGUCAAGUUCAGGCAUUAGCAAAUGUCGAUGUGAAUCAGUCGUUUGAGCUUUCAAUUGAAAUGUUGGAUCAGAUGGAUGAUUUGCUGACUUUGCAAGCAGACGUUCUCAGAAAAGUGGACAAUGUUAACUGGAGUUCUUUGGUUCCUCAAGGACAGUGCAUGUUAUCACCCUUAAUACUCAUAAUUCUUGAUACAAGCAAAUUCUAUGAUCAUCUGGUGAAAUUGAUUUUCAAGCUGCACUCAAAAUUGCCUCCAGAUGCAUUGGUUGGUCAUAGAAGCCGAUUUAAUUCGGUUUUUCAUCAAACAAAGGAGUUUUAUGAAACUUCAACAAAUUUACAGUAUUUCAAGUUCCUAGUUUCAAUCCCGAAAUUGCCGACAUACCCGCCUAAUUUCCUUCAGGCAUCUGAAUUGGAAAGUUAUCAAGCACCAAAUGCUUACCUUCACGGUGAUAACGUUAGCGAAGCCGAUACUCCUCCUGAUGAACGAUCUGUAGUUGAGGAAAGUUUAGUUGAUGUUGUAGAGACUGGGUCGCAAAACAGUUCUGGUCACAUGGACUCGAAAGAUGCAAUAAUCGAAGCUUUAAGGCGGGAUGUGGAAGAUUCCCGUUACCACAAUGAAAGGCUUAUGAACGAGGCACGUGCUCGUAUUGAACAGUAUGAAAACCGCUUGAUGCAAGCGCAGCAGGAAAACGAUCAUUACAAGCAGACAUUGGAUGAAGUGAAGAGCGAGGUCGAUAGACUGCGAGAAUUAACCAUAGUGAGAGUUGACGAAUCUCAGUUACUCGAAGCUGAACAAAAAGCUCAAAACAGUGAACUCAAUUAUCAGAAAAUGAAAAGUGCUUAUACCAACUUACGACAGGAGCACAUUGGGGCACUUACGAAGCUUUCUGAGACUCAAAAAGAGUUAUUGUCUUGUCGAACGGAGAAGCAAAAUGAUGAAGAAACUAUUUCAAACAUGGAAAAGAAAGUGGCAGAAUUAGAACGAGAAAGCAUAGAUAUAGAAGAGAAAAUGCAAGAUGCUAAUAAUGUCAUUGACAGCCUCCAAAGAAGGAUAACUUUACGAGAUGAUGAAGUUAAGGAAUUGAAACAGACAGUACAACAAAUGCAAGCAGAAAAUAUCAAGAACGUGGAAGAAAAUGAAGAGAAAAACACAGCCAAACUGCGCACUGUUCUGAAAAAUUUAUUUACUUCACUGGGUGAAGUGUAUGGUCAAAUCUUGAAACAGUCGUGUGAAGAUCUCCAGAAUGCUUUAUCAAUCACUUAUCCCAAUCAAUUAGUUUUGCCGGCUCUUCGUUUUGUUAUCGAGAUUACUGAAAAAGCGAUUAAUGAAGCUGACGAUGAGCAGUCUGACAAGUUAUUUCGUACUUUAACUUUUCUGGGCCAUUAUCUUGCUGAUGUUUUACUGAAUAGUGCUGCUGCAGCUAAUGUUGUUUCUAUCCAGCAUUUUCAAUUAGUGCAAGAACAAUGUUGUACUGUAACAGCUGAUGCUGUUGCUGCCUAUUCAGUAGUUGGAAAUCUAGAUUUGAAGUGUGUCAAAGAACCUCUCGAGAAGCUGAAGAAUUCUUUGGAAAGGCUAGAAGAAAUAUGUCUCAAUUUGCCAGUUGGUUCGAGUGAUGUGACGGCUGAAGUAAUCGGUGCUGAACUUGAACAAGAGAUGAAACGUAUGGAUGAAGCGAUCCAAAAAGCUGUGGAAUUGAUUGAUGAGAUGCAAAAGAAAAGUCGAGCUACUGAUUCCGGGAUACGUUUAAAAGUCAACGAAGGGAUUUUGGAUUCUUGUAAUCAGCUGAUGGCAGCAAUAGUAACGUUGGUAGCAAAAAGUCGCGCAUUGCAAGAAGAGAUCGUUGCUGCUGGUCAUGAUACAGCUAAUCCAAAUGAAUUUUAUAAACGAAAUCAUCAGUGGACUGAAGGUCUACUUUCAGCGGCUAGAGCGGUUGGAGUAGCAGCCACGGUGCUUGUUCAGAAAGCAGAUGAUGUCGUUUCUUGUCGAGGCAAAUUAGAAUAUUUGAUUGUUGCAUCACAAGAGAUUGCAGCGAGCACCGCGCAGUUGUUUGUAUCAUCCCGCGUAAAAGCAGACCGUGAAUCGCAACGACUGAAAGAACUUUCUUCAGCAUCCUGUUCGGUUAAUACUUGUACUGCAAAUAUUGUUGCCACGGUGAAAAAUGCACAGAUUACCUUGAAUGAGCAGAGAGAUCUCGACUUUAGUAAUUACACCCUGCAUGAUACUAAAAAAGAAGAAAUGGAAAGCCAAGUGCGUAUUUUGGAGUUAGAAGACCGAUUGGUACGAGAACGGGCACAUCUUGCACAGCUUAGAAAGCAGCAUUAUCAACUUGCACAAAUUGUUGAAAGUGAUAGUGGUUCUGCUGAUAAAUAA